UCACAUACCCAAAUAGUCCACGUUCAUUAACACGGUACCAUGUUUAGGUUCUCCAAACCAUGUUCCUAUAAAUAGAUUCAACAAAAACUAGUUGUGAGUCAAGCAAUCAAGCAUCCUUGUGUUAGCUAAAAAAAACACUAUUCUAGCAAAAACAAAAAAGAAAAGAUGGAAACCAUUUCAAAAUUUCCAUGUUCACACCAACCAGUAAGAUCCAUUAGUUUUCCUACUAGAGUACACCCCGUUUCUCAAAGAAUUGAAGCACUUCUAAACCACCUAAAACCUCAUCAUUCUCAACCUUUCUCAAGCACUACUUGUUUUGAAGCUGAGACAAUCCAGAGUGACUUAGUUGCGCUUUCUGAGUUGUACAACUGCAUGGAGGAACUCUUCCAUUCUCCGCAAUCUCAACAAACUCUUCUACGCUACCAAGAUGGGAAAUUAGUAGAAGAAGCAUUAUGUGGCUCAGUCACAUUGCUAGACACAUGUGAGUCUGCAAGGGAUUUGUUGUUGGUUCUUAAGGAACACAUGCAAACCCUUCAUUCAGCCGUGCGUAGAAGAAAGGGAUAUUCAAACAUUGAAAGCAUCAUUUCUGCUUAUGAAAGCUUUAAGAAGAAGGCAAUCGCUAAACAACGUGGACAACUAAAGAGAAUGAAGAAUAAGGUUGAUUCCUUUUCUUUAUUGGAUCAAGAUCAACAGCUAGCGUUUUUGGCUAGAGUUAUAAAAGAAGCAAGCGCCAUCACCAUCUCUAUAUUACAUUCUCUAUUAGUAUUUCUGUCCAUGCCAACAAUUGGAACAAAAGGGUCCUCCUUGAUCUCAAAGUUGAAGCCAACGGUUUUGUUUUCUUCCCAGAAAGAGCAGAAGAACACCAAUGGGGUUGCAGAUCUCAACAAUGUUCUGUGCUCCCUCCUUAGAAGAGAGAAAAACGGUGAUUCCAGUGGUGAAUUUCAAAGAACACAAACAGUGUUAGAGACAUUGAAUGUUAAUAUUGGUGGUCUUGAGGGUGGAUUAGAUUGCAUAUUUAGAUGUUUAGUGAAAAAUAGAGUGUCGUUUUUGAAUAUGCUAGCUCAUUAAAUGAAUGGAGUAAAUGUAGAAUCUCCAUGAUCAGUACAUGUUUGAACAAGAGAAUCGUAUUGGUUCAAAAUUCUAUCUUCUCAA